AUGAGAAGAAUCGGAGGAUCUAGAUAUAUACAACUUAUAGAUUUGAAUAUUUUGUUAACUAACGUUGUUAGUAGAUCACAUUAUAUAAUUGAUCAAUCGUUUAGUACAUCCUUCCAUCGAUUAUUAAAUCCUUCUAAAAUUCAGAAGGUUGACAAUUUAGAAUAUUGUCUAAAAAAUCUCAUCGCAAUUGACGGAACUCCGACUACACAUGAUUUAUUAAACAAUGAGAACCUUCUCAAACAUAGCAGAGAUAACACACAGUUAUUGGUAAACAAGCUCUUUUCAUUGAGCAGGACAUCUACUUCUGAUGGUGUGUUUGCCGAUCUUCCAUCUGAUGAAGCUAUCGUUAUGCCUCGGGUUUUCCCCCUUCCUAAACCUCGAGAAAAGACACGAUGGGAGAUGUUUGCAGAGUUAAAGGGAAUAAAGAAACGCAAGAGAUCCAGGAAGGUUUACGAUCCGACCGUUGGAGACUGGGUUCCCCGUUGGGGAUACAAGUCGAUAAAGAAAAAUAAAUUAAACAAACCUCCAAUCGUUGAAGUCAAGGAAGGUCAAGAUGAUAACUUGCUUGACAAAUUGUCAGCAAAGAGGUCGCUAAUGAAGUCGAAACAGAAAUUGAGAGAGUUGAGGAAUAAAAUGGAACAAGGAUCAGGAGAUAAAGCCAAAACACAAUUACACAAAACACUCCAGAGAGUCAGAGAAUCGACGAAGGGACUCGGAAAGAAGGGGAAGCUGAAGGGGAAGACUAAGUUGCAAAUAAAAAGGAAACCAGUUUCACAAUCGCUAUCAUCGGAGAAAGAUGCGUACCUGUCAAGCAUUAAGAAACUAAAUUUGUGA